UUAAAACACCACACACUCAUUCAGCCUGUUGGCUUGCAGACUCAGAGGCAAGAGGAGCAAAACAGUGUCUUCUUUUAUUAUCAGACACCACUGAUCAUUGCUAAGAAGCAACCAUGGCCAUCAAUAAAUCCAAAGUAGCUGUUGGAUUUAUAGUGGCAGGCGGUCUGACUUUGAUUUUUGGGGCAAUUUCUUUAAUUGUGGGACCAACAGUAAUAAGCAACCAAGUUGUGAAGCACACAGUAAUUGAUCCAAAGAAUGAUCUCACAUACACCAUGUGGAAAGACAUCCCUGUGCCGUUCUUUAUGUCCGUCUACUUCUUCAAUGUCCUCAAUCCUGCUGAGAUACUGAAAGGAGAAAAGCCGAUGGUGGAACAGAGAGGACCUUAUGUUUACAGAAAGCAGUGUCAGAAGGAAAACAUUACAUUCCAUCCCAACGGUACAGUGUCCUACAGGGAAUACAGACAGUACCACUUCGAGCCCUCCAUGUCUGCUGGGAACGAGUCUGAUGUUGUCACAAUUCCAAACAUGUUGGUGUUGGGUGCAUCAGUGAUGAUGGAAAACUUGCCCUAUGUACUGCGCCUCAUGAUGAGUGCAACCUUUAAAACUUUUAAAGAAGGUCCCUUCCUGACCAAGCCUGUAGGGGAGCUUAUGUGGGGUUAUGACAGUGGACUAGUGGAUUUUCUAAAUAAAUACCUGCCAGGAAUGAUUCCCACAUCAGGAAAAUUUGGCCUCUUUUCAGAAUUCAACAACUCCAACACUGGCCUGUUCACAGUCUUUACUGGAAAAGAUGACAUUAGAAAAGUCCACAGAGUCGACUCUUGGAAUGGUCUGACGGAGCUGCCAUACUGGAGGACUGCUCAGUCUAACAUGAUCAAUGGAACAGCUGGGCAGAUGUGGCCUCCUUUCAUGACGAAAGAGAGCACUUUGCCUUUCUACAGCCCUGACGCGUGCAGGUCUAUGGAGCUGGUUUAUCAACGUCCUGGAGAGAUGUACGGGAUCCCUCUAUAUCGAUAUGUUGCACCCAAGACCCUUUUUGCCAAUGGGACAGAUUAUGCUCCCAAUGAAGGCUUCUGCCCCUGUAGACAGUCUGGACUCCUCAAUGUUAGCAGUUGCCGCCACACCCAUAUUAACUUUUUAUCAGAGCCACAUGUCUGGAACACAUUUAUGGUGUUUGAGGUAUAAUUCCCUCCUUUUUUAUUACCAGUGUGAGAUCUGUAUAUUUUUGUUGUCUAUUUGCAGCAAACGGGUGUCCCUCUGAAUGUGUCCAUCCGCCUCCAGCUCAACCUCUACAUGAAAAAAGUCUCAGGAAUUACUGAAACUGGAAAGAUUUCUGAUGUGGUGAUGCCUAUGAUCUGGUUUGAGGAGAACGGAUAUAUUGAUGGCCCAAUCGUCAAUACGUUCCGUACAAACUUGGUUGUUCUACCUACUCUUUUGGAAUACCUACAGUACAUCCUCAUAGGGCUUGGUCUGGCAACCAUCAUCGUCGCUGCUGUGGUGUAUCACAAAGUGAAGAGUAAUCAACCUGACCACAGCAACCUACCGGAUGGAAUCAAAUGUAGUUCAGCUGAAGAGAAGGACUCUCUGCUACAAGAUGACAUGAACUGAAUGAUGCGCAAAUAAGCUCAUCCAGCUGUUGUUGUGGACUUACCAGCAUCCUCCAAGUAUAAUUUAACUGAAACACUGUCACAAGUGGUUUUGCAAUUGCUUUAAUUUUCAUAUGCACUGAGGAUUAUAGAGAAGUUGGAACUACUUGUCGAGGCUCAAGCUGUCAAACGUCUGACCACCUGUGAGUCAAGCAGCGCUGAUGCACUCCUGUUUCUGUAUCACUGUAUUCUGUAAAGCUGUAUUUCUUGAAAUGUAUGAGAAUAAUGCAGUUUGGUGCAAAGCACCUUCUUAAAAAAAGUUAAUAAAUUAAAAGAAACAUGGAGGUUAAGUAUAAA